AUGUCAACAAAGGGAUGCCUAAAAAUAAGAUAGUGAUGGGAGUGCCCGCCUAUGCCCACACAUUUACGCUCCAGAGUGCCGAUCAACACGGAAUGAAUGCACCGGUUGUCGGUGUGGGACAGGUACCCGCUGGGAACCCGGGAUACGCUAUGUAUAGGGAAAUGUGUGAUCUGGUUAAGAAUAAGGGCUGGAUUAAAGCGAUCCCUGAUGAUGGUGGUGCCCACGACCCCAUUGCCUACAGUGGUGUCAAUUGGGCAUGCUACGAUGAUCCAUUUGCCGCCAAUAAUAAAAGUAUGUGGGUUAAAGAGAAUGGCUAUGGAGGCAUCCACGUGUGGGAGAUCACCCAGGAUGAUUUCCAUCCCAAGUGUUGCAAAAAAGCUUAUCCGUUGCUCAGGGCCAUUAAUCAUGGACUGUUUAAUAAAACCAAUUGGCCCUACACCUAUGGUUGUGAACCAAAAACGAGUAGUACAUAGAAAAUAAUUUUUAUUUAUCUAAUAAAUCAUU